AUGGGUUCUUCCAGUGAAGCGGGGUGGGAAUGGAAAUUCCUGUGGAGGCGCAACCUCUUUGACAAUGAAAUGGGGAUGGCCUCUGAUUUUAUUGACCAAACUGCUGGCAUUAAUCUAAAUGCAUUGGUUAAGGAUAGUUGGGUGUGGGGAGCUACUUCUAAUGGGAUUUUCUCUUCUAAAUCUGCUUAUUUAUGCAUUAAAGCUGAGCAGCCUUCUGAAGAUUAUCAGCUUGGGUUCUGCCAACUGUGGGGUACCAAAAUCCCUCCUAGAGCUCUAAUUUUUGCGUGGAGAUUGUUUUGGGACAGGCUCCCUACUAAGGAGAACUUAUCCAAGAGACAAGUUGAUCUUGCCAAUGAUUCAUGUCCCUUCUGCCAAAACCACCCUAAAUCUAGCUCUCAUAUGUUUUUCACUUGUCAAAAAGUUCUGCCUUUGUGGUGGGAAUUCAAUACGUGGGUAAAGGAGCCUAGAGCUCUCCCUUGCAGGCCCAUGGAUCAUUUCCUUCAGCACUCUUCCAUAGCAGGUUCGAAGGCUUCAAAUUCAAGAAGGAGAAUCUGGUGGAUAGCAGCUACAAGGUCCAUAUGGAAGCUCAGAAAUGAUAUGAUCUUUCAUAACCAGUCUUUCCACAUUUCUAAGUUGGUGGAUAACACUAACUUCCUCACUUGGUCCUGGUUGAGGGGAUGGGAAAAGGACUUCAAUGCCCCUUUUCACCAAUGGUCCACAGCCAUGCCUAUGGCCUUUACUUAG